UUAUAUCAGUGCCAGUGUAUCUUAUCGAAAAUUCUAGCUAAAACUAAACCUGAAACACAGGCCAGUUUUCGGGUAGCGUGCAGUAAAUUGAUUUUUUUCUAAUCAGAGAGGUUUCAGAUGGCUGUCGAAGUCAGGUUUCAGUUCGUGGUUGAAUUCGUUGAUAUCGUCAGCUUUUAUCUAUCUCUCGUUGAAUUCUUCAACAUGUAUUCACUAAGCCAAUCAUACUCGAUUACUCUUACACUACACUUGUGCUAUAAUGAGCUAAAGCUACAAGAACUAAAUUUGAAUUUCCCUUUGAUAGCUGAUCAGAAGAAUUUCAAUCUCCCGCACCGCAUAUGAGACCUGGCUUGAGUUUGAGGUUCUAGCAUCUCGGACAACUGAUUAGAAAGAAUUCAAUCUCCAGCAAACCGCAUCUGAAAACUGGCCUGAAUUUAGUUUUCAGUAUCGCCAACAGCUGAUUAGAAGAAGUUCAAAUUUCCAUCAGCGCAUUUGUGGAAGAGAGCUGAUGAGUUCUAACUGCAAUUUCUUCAAAGCGUCGAUAGCGUGAGUGAGUAGACGAAGAUUCUUAAGAGACGGACCUUCACGAGUUCAAAACAUGAUGGCGCUGGUUUCAAAAAUGAGACCAUGCAAACUCUGGUGGCGCGGAGCGUCGCGAACUCGAAUUUGAACUGCUUCGAAUCGCCUCAAACUAGAGUUCCUACAGAUGAGGAUGAAUCGGAGUUCGUUGUACUCUAACGCUGCUCUAACGUUCUGAAUCGCGAUCGGAGGUUGGGCUGAAUUCUCAACCAUCAUGUUCAUCCCAAAAGUGCGAUGUUCUAGAUCGUAGAGUGCAAUGGAUUUCCUCGAUCCAUUCGCCCCGCAUGCGAAGCCAUUCUUGAUCGUCGAUCCCACUCGUAACUACUCCGUGCACGCAUUUGGGCACUCGACUGACGCCCGAAAGAUCCAGAAUGUACGGGUAACGGGAAAUGUGCGGUAUAUUUUCUGAUAAUUGAUAUGCCCAGCGCAAGUGGCAACAAUUCGUGAGGGAAUUGAUUCCGAAAAACCUGGCUGGAGACUGCUGUCUGGACGUUGUUGAAACUCUUGCUCGAAACGUAAGACUGCUUGCGCAUGCUACGAUCGAUGCAAAACAUUCUGUACACCAGUCAGCUGGCUUAGUGGUGUGAACACCUGCACCUGAUGCGGCUAGAAGGCAACUGUCUGAACGGCUUCAUGCAACCUUGAGCUCUGGAUUUGCAAGCAUCUUCUUGAUGUGUUCAAGUUGGGAGCUUUCUUGUGACAACAGUACAUGCAUGGCAUACUCAUGACUAUUCCUUACACGCACAGGCAGACGUCAACAGCACAAAAGGUGUGAUGUCAAAGGAAGGGCAGCUCUCCAGAAUUCGGAAGACCAACUCUUCUGAAUCGAAUCAGCACAAUCCAACUGCGAGCAAUUUUCUGCGAGUCCAGAAGAAGCUUUUGGAGAGAUACUGCUGGCCUCAUCUGUCCAUGAAUGAGCUCGAGAAUCUAUUGUGACUUUGGAGUUUUAAACAUCAAUUCCUGUUCAGAACUCAGACUUCUAAGGUCAAGAUAUAGUAGGACCACGACAGCUAUUUUUUUCUUCGAGAGAUUGAAGGGGAUGUUCAUUGAAAACCUGAGCACAACAGCAGAAGAGGAGAUCUGGGUGUGCGAGAGGAGACGAGAAGGGAGAGCAGGGAGAGAAGAGAAGGGAAGGAGAGCAGGGAGAGAAGUGAGCAGAAGAGUAGAGCUGAAUGCUCUGCAAGCACGGCGAACAUGAGGAGGAUGGGUGUUGCAUUCGUCUUGUUGAUGUCUCUACUCGCGUAUCAGAUGUGUUUGGCUGACGCAGACACAACUUUCAUGUCCGGGAUUUGCCACAAGUUGCCCUGCAGAAAUGGAACGGCAUACCAGCACAAUGUGAGGUCAGUCUUGUCCAAACUGAUGGCCAAAGUCCAGUCACGUCCUCUUUUUGAUGUGUGGGAUGAGGCAAGCGAUGCCUACGACAACAGCGAAACUGCAUAUGGAGUUGCAGGCUGUAACACCGUGACUCCGGAGGAAUGCAGGUACUGUCUACAGUACAUCGUGACGAACUUGCAACAAUGGUGUCCGAAGGAUCCUCUGUCAGCUAAAAUUGUAUUGAAAGAUUGCUACCUACACUACGACAGAUACUACAUCACGGUACCAGAAUCACAAAGGCGUGAACAAUGAUGUGUGGCAGUAAUCGACACAGGUCACAAUCCAAGGAUUUGUGUGCUCCAACACCAGUUAGACAGUACACCAGCGCUUGAUAUUAGCUAUGAGCAGGCCUAAGUCUUAACACCGGCUGAAGAGAAUUUGUUGAUUAGUGAAGGUGGAUGGGCAGAUGUUUGGGUAAAUGAAAUCACAUUUUUUGUUUCAGUAGUCAGCUAAUUUGAACAUUAAAAUUAUCUGCGUGUUUGAUUAUACGUCCCACACUCGGGAUCGUGUGAAUUGCAGGUUAGGGCCGCGUUCCUUGUGACAUCUGGUUUAGCCCUGUGAGAGUAGUUAGGGGCUUAGCUUUGAUAGAGUGAUCGAUGAGCCCUUUGCAGGCAUACGUGUUCAUAAAUAUUGCUUCACA